UCUCUCUCUCUCUCUCUCUCUCAACACAAAAUCUCUGUUUUUUCGUUACCCAGAAAUCGUAAUCCAAGUCUCGGCCAUCAAAACCCAGAAACUGAGCGUUGAACCCGUUUUGUUCGCACCCCCAUAUUUCUCACUUCUUCCCGAUCCUUAGGCCUCUCUAUCUAGCUACCACUCUACCACCCAUGGACCAAAUCAUCAGUGUCAUACGACGAUGCUUGCCUUUGUGCUUUCCACUGCCGGAAUCCGAAUACCCAAACGAGGCUUGCAAGGAUCUUGUCGUCCAAGACCCAAACAAAGACGAAGAAGCAGCUGAGGCCACAGCAAGAGAAGUACACGAUGUACACGGUGCUGCCGGCCAAGCCAACAGGAAAGCUUGGGUUGAGGUGGUCAUUGCCAGAUGUGAAGUAGAAACAUUGAAUGAUGGGUGCCACUGGGAUUGUACCGGGGGUCGAAGAUAUAAACCAUCCUAUGAUACUUGUCCGGCCGAAUACUAUUAUAGUUACAAAGCAGCAGCUCCAGAUAGCCCAGUUAGUAAACAGUUGAACGAUGGGGGAUAUGGGGUUGGUGCACGAAAUCCUUUUCCACGAUACUAUUACAGGUGCCCCAUGGUCAUGGCUCAAGGAUGCCGACGUUGCCCAGUUAGGAAACAGGUACAGAGAUGUUGUGAUGACAUGUCUGUACUCAUAACAUGGUAUCAUGGUACACAUAUCCAUCCAUUUCCAACUGCCGUGGCUUACACCGCUGUUUCAGAUGAAACAUCCAGUUUCACCCAAGCAUCCCUUCCGCUUCCUUACCAACCUUACCAUGGUUCUUAUCUAAUAAAAUCGUCUUCUCAUCCACCAAACAUCAGAAGCAUAGACCCUAAGGACCCUUCCAAAGGAAUUGUUCUUGACCUUACAAGCAACUCUAACGAUCCACCUCAAUAUCUAAUGGAUAAAUCACCAGUGCGAGGACAAGACCAAAACCAGGCUCCCAAGAUUCUAGUAGUCGAAGACCCUAACAAAGAAGUCCAAUCUAACUCAUCCACAACAAAUACCUCAUUUUCCAGACCUCAUUACAAUUACGAUGUUUUCUUGAGUUUUAGAGGUGAAGACACUCGUAAGAACUUCACUGAUCACCUUUACUCUGCUUUAGUGCGACUCGGAAUUCGCACCUUUCGAGAUGACGAGAAACUUCCAAGAGGUAAGAACAUCUCAACUGAACUUCUCAACGCGAUUCGAGGAUCAAAGAUUUUCAUUGUAGUUUUCUCCCGAGGCUAUGCUUCUUCCAAGUGGUGUCUUAAUGAGCUUGUGGAGAUCGUGCAGUGUAAGAAUACUAUUGACCACACUCUUCUUCCCAUAUUUUAUCAAGUGGAACCCUCAGAUGUUCGAAAACAAACCGGAAAUUUUGUGGAAGCCUUUGCUAUGCAUGAAGAGCAGUUUCAAACCGAUAUGGAGAUGGUGCGGAGGUGGAGGGAAGCUCUUACUCAAGCUGCAAUUUGUUCUGGCUGGAAUCUCGAGAGUCAUGCAAAUGGGUAUGAGUCAAAAUUCAUUGAGCAGAUCGUUGAAGAAAUUUUAUGUAAAGUGAACCCAGCUCGCUUGGAUGUUACCAAACACCCAAUCGGAAUAAUGUCUCGUGUUCAUGAUAUUAAAGAUUUAUUAAAUCUUGGAACAAGUGACGUUCGCAUUGUGGGCAUUUACGGAAUGGGUGGUAUUGGAAAAACAACCCUAGCAAAAGCUGUCUAUAAUGAAAUACGUCUUGAAUUUGAUGGAAGUAGUUUUCUUUCAAACUUUAAAGAAAGCUCAGAAAAGUCCAAUGGCUUAGCUCAUUUGCAAGAAAAACUUCUUAAUGAUAUCUUGAAAACGAAUUUGAUUAAGAUUGAUAAUGUUGAUAGAGGAAUCAAUAUAAUUAAGGAAAGAAUUCGUGGGAAAAAAGUUCUUGUUGUUGUUGAUGAUGUGGAUGACAUUGAAAAGGUACAACUGCUCGUCGAAAAGGAAUGGCUUGGUCCGGGUAGUAGAAUCAUUGUAACCACCAUAGAUGAACAUGUGUUAAGUCCAUUGAGAGCGGAUAAUAAAUAUAAGGUCAAAGAAUUGAAACAUUGGGAGUCUCUUCGACUGUUCAGUUGGCAUGCCUUCAAUAUGACUAAUCCAAAAGAAGAUUUCUCAAAGCUUUCGAUUGAAGCAGUGGCUUAUGCCGAAGGUAUUCCAUUAGCUCUUGCACUUUUGGGUUCUUUUCUGAAAGAUAGAAGCGUUGCUGAAUGGGAAAAUGAAUUGAAAAAAUUACAAAGAACUCCUUAUGUUAAGAUUCAAGAAAUUCUUCGAAGAAGCUUUGAUUCACUGGAUAAGUAUACAAAGGCCAUAUUCCUUGAUAUUUCAUGUUUCUUUGUCAAUAUGGACAAAAAAUAUGUCAAGAAAAUAUUUGAUGACUGUAAUUUCUUUCCAAAGGUUGGUAUCCGUACGCUCAUUCAAAGGUCACUUGUGACAAUUGAUGACAUAAAUAUUUUAAGGAUGCAUCGUCUUAUUCGAGAUAUGGGAAGGGAGAUUAUUAAUGAAAAGUCACCCGAUUUGCCAGGAGAACGUAGUAGGUUGUGGUUUCAUGAGGAUGUCUGUAAUGUAUUACGCAACCAUACGGGAACGAAAACAGUUGAGGGUCUCAUCUUAGAUGUAUCUGAAGAUGUACGCUUGAUCGAAACUACAACAUUUACAAAUAUGAAGAAUUUGAGAUUGCUCCAAAUCAAUGUUGUACAACUCACGGGAUCCUAUGAACAUCUCUCUAAAGAGCUAAGAUGGCUUUGUUGGCAUAAGUGCUCCUUGAAAUUUCUACCACAAAAUUUUCAUCUAGAAAACCUUGUUAUUCUUGACAUGCAGUAUAGUAAUCUCAAACAUGUUUGGAAGAAGAACAAAGUACUCAACAAGCUGAAAGUCCUUAAUCUUAGUCAUUCCAAAUAUCUCACCAAAUCACCAGACUUCUCUCAAAUGCCACAAUUGGAGACACUAUUACUUGAAGGUUGCACAAGUUUGGUUGAGAUUCACGAGUCCAUUGGAUGUUUGAAAAACCUUGUUUUGCUAAAUUUAAAUGGAUGCAAGAGUCUUAUGAAUCUUCCAAGCAGCAUUUCUAACUUAAGAUCUCUCAAAACUCUUAAUUUGUCUGACUGCUUAGAAGUUGACAAGUUACCAGAUCAAAUAGGGCAUAUGAUUGCUUUAACAGAACUGCUUGCAGAUGGAAUUGCUAUUAAGCAAUUACCAUCCUCCUUUGGUCUUUUGAAGAAUCUUGAGAUUGCAUCAUUAUCUGGACGUAAAGAACACUCCUCAAAAUCUUGGUUGUCACGUCUCACAUUAUUGAUGUCACCAAAAGGCUUGAUGCCAGUAUGUUUUCUACCACCUUCCAUUUCUGGAUUACGUUCGUUGACAACACUAUAUCUCUCUGGACGCAAUUUGUCUGAAGAUGUGUUUCCUGUUGAUUUUGGGAGUUUAUCUUCACUACAUUUUUUAGAUUUAUCAAGAAAUAAUUUUCUUAGCCUACCUGAUUGCAUCGGUCGCCUUCCUAAAUUGUACAAUUUGCAUUUGCGUGAGUGUACGACUCUUCAAUCAAUUUCAGGACUCUUCGCAAGUAUAGGUGUCUUGGAUACAAGUGAUUGUACAUCAAUGGAAAGGCUCUCAAUUUCGUCAACCCAUAAAAAAGGACUAGUUUUUUUCCUUCCUAAUUGCCACAAAUUGACUGAGAUUGAAGGCUUGGAGAAUUGGGAAUUUGCUUCUAUUUACAAUCAAGCAUAUGAUUUUAGGAGUCAUCUCCAGUGUUCAUUAACCAUGGGCGAUGAUGAGUCUCGUAUCAUUUGCCUCCCUGGUAGUGAGGUUCCAAAUUGGUUUAGCCACAAGGAAAUUGGGUCUUCGAUAUCCUUCCAUGUACCUUCAAUUUCAAAGGGUCAAUUCAUUCGGUUGCUUGUUUGUUUUGUUUGUCCUUUUGGUGAUGGCAGUAAUUUCAAUAUUGGUCAUUACUAUCCUCACAUGGCAAUCAAAAAUAAAACAAGAGGCAACUGGAAAAAUGUUUCGUUUAGACACUCUUCCUACCAUCGAGUCAAUGAUGAUGAAUACUAUAUUUUUCCAAGAAGAAAAGAAGAAGAUCAUUUCUUUCUACACCUGACGCCACUCUUAAGAAAUAAAUAUGAGCUGGAAAGUGGACUCAUAUUUAAUGAAUCGGUGAUGGAAAGUGGAGAUGAAAUUCAGGUGUCCUUCGGACUUCCGAGGGAUUAUGGUUAUGUAAAGAAGUGUGGACUUCAUGUAGUAGUUGAGGAGCCAAAUGUAAUGUAAGAAGAAGUUACAUUGAAGAACAAGUUUGGAUGACUUACGUUUUAGUUGUUUAGUUGUUGUCUUUUAGUUUUAGUAGAAAUAAGGAUACUACAUGGUAGUCAUAAUUAUCUAUUAAAGUCAGUGAGAGUGUUUUAGUUAUUUAUAGCAUAAUAUAUUGUUACUACUCAAAAA